CAUUUGAACGAGAUGAUUUGCCUUAUUUUCAAUUUGGUGGAUGUAUGCCAACGAACAAACAGAAUCUGAAAGCAAUUCUAAAAAUGACGUAGAAGGAAGCGAGCGGCACAGUGUCGUAGARGAGGAGKCGAUAGGACCAGUUCCUUCUCAGGAGACAGAAAUAGUGAAAUGUUUUCCAYCAGUAACGAUAGUCUACAUUCUGUUCAUGGUAUGGAGGUUUCUAGGCAUCAUUCUUUAUGCUGUAUUUGCUACCGAGUGCUUCUUCMGAGCAAAAUUGGCGACGUUAAGAUGUGAAAACUUCAGUGUGUUUCCAUUUCCUACGUUAUUUGAGAUUGCCUGGCAAAGUUCAUCAUCUAUCAACUCCAUCAUUGCCAUUGCAGUGUUGAAACGACUUCCACAAUUUCCUGGAUUUCAAGCCAUUCGAAAGAAACUAAUCCGUAUUGCACGUUUUUGGUCAUUGCUUUUCCAGUUAUUCUUGGUAAUUACCUUUAACGUGAUUUUGUAUCUUCAUGAGCAUCUUGUUAUCAUUUCUGUAGUGGAGUUUGGUUUUAUUUUUGAUGAAGUGACAGUGACAACUGUAGUGUGUCUGUGGAACUUUGUGCCCGCUCCUAACAGCGAAAAUUCUUGUACAAGAUUUCAAUUUUGCUACUAUUUGACUCUUAUUGCGUUUUUCCUGGAAAAUCUUUACUUGUUUGUGCUAAUGUCGUCACAAGCCGCUUUAGACAUCACAGGAAUACACGAGUUUGAGCACAGAUCUGCGUCGAUACAAGCCGUUGGAAUAAUUAUGAAUGCUACAGAGGCAACUUUCUACUUUGCAAUCAUGAAAUUUUUCUGGAAUAAAAUCUUCGARCAUAAUGCAGACCUGUUUGAAAAGGAAACUUUUUGAUUCUAUUGUUUUUUAUAGAAGUUAUCUUUUAGUAAAUAAAAUGGUUAU